CGGUACCCAAGGUGGUGCACGUUUUGUUUUUUGCCCUAGAACUACACACCUGAUUUAAAUAAUCACCAAUCUUUUAUCAUUUCAAUCAACUGUGUAGUGUUAAAGAAAGAAAAAAAGGUGCAUUCUAGACGUCCAAAUGAUACCUGCUUGCAGUGACCAAUUUAAAACGAUGGACAUUAUUCAAGCCAAUAAAACCGUCUAAUGUAUGUGCUCUCUCCAAUCAGGAUUGGACCGAGUGAAGAAAAGCGAGUGUGUACGGAAACGACCGAAAGGCAUAAUGAUAUAACUGGGUUUAGUGCGUAGAUUUGAUAGUGCUCGGUCUUCUGUGGACGGACGGGUUGGCCAGACAAGAUUGUCUAAAGUGAAAGAAAAAACAACUGGAUGAUGAGUUAUCAAAGACAGAAUAUGAAGUGCCUUAAAAUAUUGUCUAUAACCGUCGCGCUGUUGAUAGCGCACAGCGCUGCUAUUAUAAGAAUUCCCCUCCACAAGACGCGCAGUAUGCGCCGCCUAAUGCACGACAAUGGGAUGAGUUUUGAACAACUCCAGGACAUGGCCAAGACCGUUGGUGGUGCAGGAGUUGACACACCAACACCCUUACCAGCAACCACUCAGAGCCCGAAAGUGCCAGUUGAGAGACUCACUAACUUCAUGGAUGCUCAGUACUAUGGGGUGAUCAGCAUAGGCACACCACCCCAGGACUUUACUGUGCUGUUUGACACCGGCUCCUCCAACCUGUGGGUGCCCUCCAUUCACUGCUCCUUCCUGGAUGUUGCAUGCUGGCUCCACCAUCGUUAUAACUCUAAGAAGUCGAGCACGUACGUUCAGAAUGGCACCCAAUUCUCCAUCCAGUAUGGCAGAGGCAGCUUGUCUGGGUUCAUCAGUGGGGACACUGUCUCUUUGGCUGGCAUGCAGGUCACUGGUCAACAGUUUGGUGAGGCUGUGAAGCAACCUGGCAUCACAUUUGCAGUGGCACGCUUUGACGGGGUGCUGGGCAUGGGCUACCCUACCAUAUCUGUCGACAAAAUAACCCCUGUGUUUGACACUGCCAUGGCUGCCAAGCUGUUGCCUCAGAACAUAUUUUCCUUCUAUAUUAGCAGGGAGCCAUUUGCUGCUGUAGGAGGAGAGCUGAUGCUGGGAGGCACAGACCCACUGUACUACACUGGAGACCUGCACUAUGUCAAUGUCACACGCAAGGCCUAUUGGCAGAUUGAGAUGAGCAGUGUGGAAGUGGGAAACCAGCUGACGUUGUGCAAGGCCGGUUGCCAGGCGAUUGUUGAUACGGGAACGUCCCUCAUCACCGGGCCUGCGGAGGAGGUCCGGGCGCUGCAAAAAGCCAUCGGAGCCUUGCCUCUACUGAUGGGAGAGUAUUGGAUUGACUGCAAGAAGGUUUCCUCUCUCCCCGUCAUCACAUUCAACCUGGGAGGGAAGAUGUUUAACUUGACUGGAGACGACUAUAUCAUAAUGGAGUCCCAGAUGGGUCAGAAAAUCUGUCUGUCAGGCUUCAUGGCCAUGAACAUCCCCCCUCCGGCUGGACCGUUGUGGAUCCUGGGAGAUGUGUUCAUUGGACGCUACUACAGCGUGUUUGAUAGAGAUGCAGACCGCGUGGGGUUCGCCCCUGCCAAGUAGAGGGGAGAAACCACAAACAACCCCUAGCCACUUGUGGAGAUCUGAAAGGAUUUGAUGGGUAUAAGCAAUAUAGUGGUCCUACCAAACCAAGGUGCAGCUAGUACCUAUCAAAUCCCCACAGAUCAUGCUGAAUUAUAGGAGGAAAAGCACACCACAAAUGAACAAAACUUCAAAAAAAGAAACUUGUCUUUGCCUAUUUUGCUUCUUUUUGGGGGGGGGGGGGCGAGGGGGCUGGCUAAGUUUUUUUUAAAGACUAAGUGUCACCAUGUGAGUUUGGUGAAUGAUUAAUAAAUAUUGCAGAUCAAAACUGAUAUGAGCUGCUGUAUGCAGUUCAGCUUGGUGUUUUGUAUGAAAACAAAGGAGAUACAACAGUACCACUAUCUGACAAUGCAACCACUUGUUUUUGGAAAGCAGAAGACUGAAUUCAUAUCAUUGUAGAUUAAACUCUGUUUUUGUUAAAUCAACCAGAACGUUGAUGUCCAGGGAAUUUGACCAGGGUACAGAAGUUGUAUCAAACUUUUUUUGUAAAACCAUGUCUUGUACACUUGAACUCUUUUUGUUGACCCCAAGACCAUGACGCUUCCAUUAUAGCCUAAAUAAAAUGGUCAUGCACUACAGCAUCUGAUGAUCCUAAAAUGUAUCAAAAAGAUGUGACACUGAAAAAAGUAUAUUAAAUAAAAAUCUAGUCAUUCUUGUC